AACCAAUCGAUUUUUCUCUAUCCAUUCACAACACAGGCUAAUACUGAAUUGAAAAAUCUCAGUCAUUUGACUUCAGGCUGUCUGUUCUGUGGUUGCUACUCGUCGCGCUCUGAUGUUUUGUUUGGAUUUUGGCUUUGUAUUCUUGACUUAUACUUUGAAUCGAGUUGACAAAUAAUGCGUGUAACACGAUAUUUAUGGAUUAAUAAUUUACCUGCUCGCGUUACUGAACAAGACAUUCGUGAUGUUUUACAGAGUCAUGGCAAAAUCCAAAGCGUUCGAAUUCAUGAGCACGAAGGAAAUAAUGGUGCAGUUGUCGCAUUUGUUGACACUAAAUCUGCUACUCGAGCAGUAGAAAGCACAGUCCGACUAAAAAAAGUUAAUCUAUCCCUUCAGUACUGUGAGUCAUCUGGUAUACCUGGGACUAACAGUUCCGAUCAGCUUGCAACAACGUUGGAUUAUAAUCAAACUAGCAACACUAGCCUUUUGCAGUCAGAUGCAAAUCAUUCACGACAAAAAAGUCGAUCCGUGAGUACUGUCAGUGAUUCCAGUUCUGUAUUUCAUGAUCCAGAAAACAACGAACAAAUUGAAACUCGUUUGUCACACUCAAUAAAUCGGAAUUAUCCUAAAGAUUUCAAAACCAAUAACAUGGAUGUCAGCCCUCGCCUUCAAACCGAACAUCGUGGAAUAAAGAUCAGUCAUCUUCCCCUUCGUUCUUCAGAUACAAAUUUACGCGAAGGAUUAUUUCAUGAAUAUAAAAAGCAUGGAAAAAUUACUUCAGUGUUUGUACGCGGACAAGAUGAAGAACGUAUCUGCAUCAUUACAUUCAAAAAAAGUGAGGAUGCCGAGAAAGCACUUGCAUCAUCUAAGGGUAAGGUGUUUUUCGGUACGCCCAUAUCGGUUCAACCUCACGAAGGCUUGAAUUCCGAAGACCCUGAUUUAUGCCCUCCUGAACAUGCUUUAAAUGAAUACCACCCUAAGGCAACGAAGACUUUAUUUGUUGGGAAUCUCUGUUCAGGUACAAUUACUCAAGAUGAACUUCGUCGUACUUUUCGUGGUUAUGGUGAGAUAAUUGAAAUAGAUAUAAAGAUUCAAGCGAAUCAACCAGGAACGUCGUAUGCGUUCAUUCAAUACGGGGAUAUAAAAAGUGUAGUCCGAGCUUUAAAAGAGCAAGAAACUGUUCGUGUCAACGGAAAACCUGUCAAACUAGGUUUUGGUAAAAGCCAGCCAACAAAUGUUGUAUGGCUAGAUAACUUAUCACCUACCAUUGAUGAAGCUUUUUUGACAAGACAAUUUGGUCGAUACGGUCAAUUGACUCACGUGGCUUUAGACAGAAAACUAAUGCGAGCUCUUUUAUACUUUGAUAAUGUUGAGGUUGCUCAGCAUGCAGUGAAUGAAACUCGUAAUCGUGCUCUUAUUGGCCGUAAGGUUCAAAUUGAUUAUGCUGGAUACGAGUGUCAAGUUGCUUUCAUGAAAAAACUGGCGAAGCAUGACAGUUUUGGUCAAGUUUACGAAAAUUAUAAGGAACGGUUGCAAGAAGUGUUGUCACUCUUACCAUACGGAAGUGUUAUCCCAUAUCUCGGGGAUCGUCAAAGGUAUUUCGGUGACAAUCAACGAGAUCAUUUUUCAACUGGGAAUACAAAGUUUUCUUAUCGGAGAUCAAACUGCCUUCAUAGUAGUCCAGUAGAUCAUUCUUUGAAGUAUGAACAACCUUCCAAUAGGAGCAAGUGUGCAUCGUCAGUUUCUCCACACGAAAGGGCUCACCAAUCGUCAGAUCGUAGGAGAACUUUUAUCACCAGUUCUCCUGAUGACUCCAAGAUAUCUGGUAACUGGAUUAGCUCACACAAUAGUCGAAACUCACACCAUGGGAAACUUGACACAAAAAAUGUACAGAGUGAGGAUAGAUCAAGUGUUUUGUCUCACAGAAGACAUCAGCAUAACGAAAUUCCUCUCAAAUUGAAGUCAUCUCGUUACUUAUCUCAUACCGAAGGAAAAUCUCAUUUUAAUUCGCGCUCACACGUUGCUCAGUCAAGCUCACGUAGCAGGGUUCAGCUACUUGAGGAAACAGAUGAUAUCAGCAGCGGUUCAUUUUCCUCAGACUUUACAAAUGAUGAUAGUAUUUUCGAAACUUCUCUAAAACAUAGCAAUACCAGUUCAGAGUGCUCAGUACCAGCAUCAAAAUUAUCGUCACAUGUGAUGCGUGACCAUAUUUUGAAUAGCGACAAACGAAAGAACGUAGAUACUGAUUUUUCUCAGAAGUGUUCCCGAUCAAGUCAUCAUGAGACAGAAUCCCCUGAUGGGUCUUCCUAUUCAUCACAUAAGAAGCAUCAUCAGAAGAUAAGAGAAAGCGUGAGUCCUCCAUCUCGAGUUGCCUUAACGCGAUCGUCCGUUGUUAGGUCUCGGUUAUCUUCAUCUCAACGUCGCGCUCCUUUGGCUAAUGAUAGAAAUUCGAAUCGCAGGCAGAGUCAGGAAUGUGUGGAAGAAAAUAUUGACCAAAAGCAUAAAGCUAAUUUUCACUCACAAACUCGAACGUUACUGAAACUACCAGAUUCUGAUUCUUUGAAUCCAACUUACUCAACUAAGUGUAAGCGAACUAUGCUUCCUAAAGUUGCAUCAACAUAUAAGGAUGUUGAAUAUUCUGUACGAGCGAACACAUCUACUGUAAGUCCUGUAUCACCUGAUGAUGCACCGUAUAAUAUAUCAGAGGGGGCUUGUGAACGUAUUACCAACAGUGCCUGUUCGGAUAUUCCCAUUGCAUUAAAGUCUCAUGAUGCUCUUACGAAACUGGAAAUGGAACGAGCGAAAUUACUAAGAGAGCUUUCUCUAUUGAAUAAUGAGGUCAUCGGUGGAAGCAGAGGAAAAACAAGCAACGUUACACCAGAUCUAGAUAAUCCCAACAGAAAGCGCGCGCCGUCCUCAUUGUUUAUUAAUGACCUUCCAUCACCAAAAUUAAAGUGCGUUGAAAAUAACAGUAAAUGCGAACUAGCCUCUAUGCGUAGUCAUACAUUGACUAGUGAUAAUUUAAUGAGUCCCGGAUUUCGUAAAUCUAUUUCCAGCUCUCAUUCUAUUGGAUUAACGACAACUUCACAUGACUCAAAAUGUGACAUUUCUAGUUCGAAACAGGGUGUUGUUGAUAAGCAGGUUUACGCUUUGGCAGUUGAUGACUAUAUAAAUACUAGUGAUAUUGUGUCAUCCAAUCGAAGAAAUCACUUAUCUAAAUCUCUACAAGGUCAUGAUUUUCGAAAUGUCCAUGGUGAUUCUAGGUCGGAAACUGUGUUCCCUACUGUCACCACUCAUGAUGUAAAUAUGUCAGGUAGUCGGCAGUCUGCUCUUGUAACAUCAUCUCCACGAAUAGUCAUUGCACCUGAGCCCACAUCGCCGAUGAUACAUAUUUCGCCUCCUAGUUCACCAAUGUUAAUGGAUAAGUCGUCGUAUGCUUCAACACGGAGCACAUCUCUUUCGUCUUCUGUUUUGACUGCAUCAACUUCUGGAUCUACAUUAUCUUCUCUUGCAAACUCUUGCAGUCGAGACCCACGUUUGGCUUUCCAUCAUACUCAGCUUUCUAGCGAUGUUCCUCCACCUCCUCCAGAAACGUUCAAAUUACCUUUAUGGGUUGACACCUCACCUCACACAGAAAUUAUGAUUUCCAAUUCACUGACGAGUUCUGUCACGAGAACGCAAUCUCCUCACUUUACAAAAUCUUUUUGUGAUGCUGAACCUGAUGUUUCUGUUCAAGACUCAAAUGGUUGUUCACUGGAUGAGCGUAUUCGACUAUUGGAUGUGCAACUUAUGAAGUCAGAAAAGGCUAGACCUACCGUGGAUUAUAGUAAAUUUCGCAUCAGACGUAAAGCAGAAGCCAAUUUAACUCCCCAAUCCAUCCAAGUUAGUAAUGCGACGCAGUGUAAUACGGGUUUGUCUGUUAUUUCUAGUUCACCACACUCACCUGUUUUGACCACUUCGACAUAUUCGAUUACCACUCGCUGUGAACUUGAGGUUACAGACACGGUCAAUUCUAGCCUACCCAUUUGUUGUACAUCUAAAACUGGAUCGACUUCUCCCGUUCUCUCUAAUUCAACGCCUUUAAAUUUGGUUAAACCAGCUGAUACUUCUGAGUUCGUUAAAAGUAUGCUAUCCUUCUCUAAGCCAUCUCCUUCAACACCUUGCGAUGCAUCCAGCAAUGUAUUCUCAAUUGAAAUACCUACUACUAAUCGACAUACAGCCUCAGUCCCAUCAUGUCAAAACUCAUUUCUCACGCGUUUGCCUCGCCCAUGUGUUAGUAACAGUUUAUCAUUAGCGAAUUCCAUCCAAUCAUCUGUUCCUUUUUGCGGCAAACAAAAAAGUCCAAAUAGCAUUCGUAUUCAUUCCAAUGUUUUUAAUGUGGAGCACAGUUCAUUGUCGGGAGCUCAACCUGUUGGUGUGGCCACUAGGAUGCCGUCAGUAAAGUCCUUUUGUGGGUCGGACGUUUCAAAAUCUGAAGAUAAUUUGGUGGGAUAUGGGGAUCUAAAAUCCGUCACAGCUAAGGAAAGUGUUGAUUAUAUUGAGAAGCUUGAACCUGUGAUUUUAUCUCAUUCUUUGACUAGCACCACAACGGAGACUAACACCAACCUUUCGUCUUAUGUUACUGAUAAUCAAAAGUGUAUUAGUGUUGCCAAUAAAGGUGAUGUACAUAAUAUUUCCCCUUCAUUAGGGUCAUCUAAUGAUUUUCCUACUAAAACCAGUCUAAAAACAUCGACUUGUCACACUAUUCUGUGUCCGAAAUCUUCACCUCGAGAUGAUUUAGUGGGUAGCAAUAAAUGUAAACCUAACUCUUUCAAUGUACCACCUACAAAUGCAAAGAAAACACAAAAGCAUGAUCCUUCGAGGCCUGUAUUGAAUGAUUUUGUCUUUCAGAAUUCGUUGGGAGGUAGUGUAUCUAAAACCAAUCGACUCAAAAAACCACACACCGAUACAUCUAGUUCAUUAUUAUCUACUAAACGAAAACUAUCUAUUACCUCUGAAUCCAAAGAAAUAAUAUCAACUUCUAAUGCAGACAAGACAAUGUUUGGGAAUAUAUCGUUAACCAAAAGUAAAACUUCUCAGAAGAUGUCUUGCAAAAUUACUUCUAAGAAGCUAGAGUCGGCAUCUGAAAGCAGUUUUAAGAAGGAUUCUCUUCCAAAUAACAAACCACAAUUAACUGCUGAUGGUAAUCAGUCUGCAUUCAGCGCUAACAACCGUUCUAUGUUUUCUGAAAAGAAACCUGUCUCGCCACAUUCUAAGAAGAGAAAAAACGUCCGGGACAUAAAGAAAAAAGUUAUUGAUAGUGAAGAUUCUGAUUGGGAGCCGAAUACAGUUAUCACUUCCCAACAUCAGUCGGCUGAAUUACUUGACCCUGACUCCUCAUCAGAGUCUCGUUAUGAAUCAAUGUAUGAUAAGAUUAAGCGCAGAGCUAACCAAAGUACGACAAAGUCUACCGAUUCUCUUGGGAAGCCUGAUGUUUUACAGCGUUUGUUGAAAAACAAAAGUAGGGAACCUAAAAAGCCGAAUUCGAACAAGUCUCUAGUUGAUUCUGAUACAGAUGAAUGUUUAAGUGAUGGUUCAUCAAUUCAUUCUGAUGACAACUCUAAUCCACUUACUAAGCACACAACGAAGACAAAUUCUUCAAAUGAAAUAUCGAAAACUAUGAAACAGAAAAUCCCAACUGCUAUUGGGGCUAAACUACAAGCCUCAUCUGUGUCACCUAAACGAAAAAAAAUUGUCACUGACUCUGUAGUAUCUUUAUUCAAGGAAUCUUCACAUAAAACUAGAGGUCGAAAAGCAAAGAAACCAGCCGUUCCCAAUAAAGCACAAUCAUUAACUGCUCAGGUACGACGUAAUCAUAAAAGUAAUGAACAGCAGGGAUCUUCAGCUACUUCAAAUUACCGAUCAAGUACUCGUCGUAAGAAACCUAGCAUACAAGGAGAAAAUGUUCCUACUCAUGAAAACGAAGGUAAAGCUGUUUCCGGGCGCAUGAGUUUGACAGGUCGAUCGAAAACUCAGAAGCAGAAAGCUAUCUCAGUUGUAAACAAGCAGCUUCUUUCUAUAAAGAAUACUCAUCGUAGUCUGGUUCACCGUGUGUUCGCUUCGACAGAUUCCUCUUCACUUUCUUCUUCUGUGACAUCUGGAUCUGAUGACGAAUUACCUAGUAACCAGGUUUCCAAUUCAUCCGUAAAGGAGAAAGAAAAUGCGACAGAAAUUAUCUUAGAAAACAAUUGUCAACCUAUCACGCCUAAGUCCCCUACGACUCAACUUAGUCGUUCUUGUAGUCCCGAAGAUUUACGGGCAGAUGCAGCAAUACGCCAUACUUUCGGAGCUUUUACUGCACCAUUUAUUUGUUUUAAAACUGAUUCAUCUCAUAGUUCAACCAUCAGGCACGACGUUCCUCAGAGUACAGGUGUAAAUGUAAAGUUAUCACCAAAUUCUGAAGAUUCAAAGCCAACACCACCAACACUACCAAUGACUGACUCAAGUUUCAGUGGUGAUCAGCAGUCUAAUGGCACCUCUGUUAUUAGAUUACAAACUCGCGAUCAUAGUGAUUGGAACAUAUUUUCUUCGUUGGCGAAACAGUCAACUCCAAUAAAAGAUGAUAACAUGCACCAACAUUUAUCUUCAACAUCUGGGCUUGCCGCUGAAAGUGAUGACGUUCCAAUAAAUUCUACUGCUGAAACUUCGUAUGAUACAGAAGAUGAGUUGCCGUCUUUAGAAAAGCACGAUGAUGAUGAAGUAAGCAUUCCUUAUGAAUCAUCUAUUUUACUUCACGAAAGUGAUAGUCUUAAUAACCCUGCCGAAAGCUUAAAUGGAUAUAAUGAUGAUUUACCCCCUCCAGUCGUUUCAGGUAUUGAUGAACCCAGCUAUUCAGAUAUACCUACAGCUGUCGAAACUGCUCCAGAUAUUAUAGAAGAAGUUAUUUAUGAUGGUUUGGAAGUGGCUAUUCAGGAUGAAACUCAUCAAUCAACAAAUGCAUCUUUAAAGAAUGACUCGUGUAAGAAUUCUCCUCAGUUGGUUGAUGUUGAUGUGACAGAAUCAGCCAUAAAAAAAGAUUCAGAUCAACCUUUAAUGGAUAAGAAUGACACUUUUCAUAUCGAUUCAAGUAGUGUGACUAAUAGUUUUACCACAAACACACUGUCAUCAGUUGCUCUUCCUAUUAUUACUUCGUCGUUAAACAGCAUGUCUGUUCAUUCGACCGUAUUUACACCAGUGUCUGUAUUACAUGUUACCACAAAACCCCCCGAAGUACAAACUAUAAAUCAACCCAUGUUAGUAUCUAUCUCUACUAUGUCCUCUACUAGUUCAUCUGAUGGUGCACUACGUGCUGAAGAAGCUUGCUCAUUUGUAUCAUCUAACCUCAACUCGAAACCUCAACAUCACAUUGCUGUCAUACUACCAACAACCGCUGUAUCGUCUACAGAAAGUUCGUUCGUAACUGUGUCUUCUCUCAUGCCAGACUCUUCUGUCGAUUUAACCCCCAGUUCAUCUGUCAUUAAGCUGGCAAAUUCUCCUAUAUCAGUAACUUGUCCAUCCAUAAGUGCAUUAAGUGGUGUUAGUUUGGCUGAUCAACAGUCGCAAAAUGUUACUUCUCAUCCACUUACUACUGGGAUUACUACGUCUGCUGCUAUUGCUACUUCAUUAGAUCGUAGUGUUCCGACUUCUCAUACUUGUUUAUCGUCAGUUUCUCAAACUGGCAAUACAACCUUUGAUCCGUCGGACUUCACGUCAUAUGUUCAGCGUGUAAUUGAACGUGUAAAACAAGAAAAAGAUGAAGAAAUAUUACAGCAAAGAGAGAAGGCGAGACGUCCUAAAAGAAAUAUUUCUGCUUCAAUGUCAUCUUCUGUGAUAUGUACAACUGCAAAUCACACCAAUACUUCUACUAUCACUUGUUCUGGAGUUUCGUCAACAACAACUAUAAAUCUACCUAAUGUAGCCCCUAUUAUUUCAGCUGCUGAUGUGCCUAAACCAUCAGGUUUGGUUAAUAUUGAUGAUAAAAAUGUAACAAUUCCUAUGUGCGUUGCGAAUAAUUCGGUCGUUAUUCAAGACUCAGUUUCUUGCACUCUUAGGAACGUAAUCAGUCCAAAUCCUCAACCCACCAACAUUUCAGUUUCACCCAUUACGUCUUCGCACUCUCAGCAACUCGUAAGUGCUUCCGCGGAACAAAAUCUUUGCUUACUUGGAUCUAAUAACUUAACCGAUGACACUCAUUCGCGAGAUCCAGUUGAUGAAAUAAUCGAAGCUGUUGUUAAUGGAGAAUUCGAUGAGAAAGAAUAUGUACUAAAAUUAUCGAGGGGUAACUUUAUUCCUAAUGACCAUUGUCGUACCUUAUCCGGCAGCAUUGGUUCUCCUCCCAGCCAUCCUGAUAUUUUCACAUCGAUACCUGAGGAUUCUGCAAUGAAGAACGAUUAUCAUCAAUCUGGUCUUUCAGAGGCUGUUUGUAUGGGGUCUUCUAGCUCUGCUGUCAGUAUAGGUGUUAACUCUUCGACCGUAUUAUCUGUUGAAAAGGAGAUUUCUGAUUCCAUCAUUUCAAUGAAUCAGUCUUCAACAGUCUUAACACCUAUGCAUGUAUUGACGUUUGUCGCAACUGGUGCUGCAACAUCGACAUCGCAGCACAUAUCCACUUCAGCCACAAUGAGUUCCAACGUUUCAACCCAGUCGUCAUCCAACUUAUCGACUUCUACACCUCAUUUAUCGUCAAAUUCAAACCCAUCUGGCCCUAGUUUGGAUAAGGUUAGUAGUGUGACUACACUUCCAACUUAUACACCAAUUCCGAAUUCUUCUAAUUCACUAUCUACCGAUUCAACUGAUACUCAAAUUGGAGAAUUUGCAGCUCGACUAGCUAACAAUCCGUUUACUACUUAUUUCUAUUCUCUGUUGACACAAAAGCAGCUUAGUCCAUCUCUUAGUCCAUCGAUCUCUUCUGGUGAUUCUGUCUGCCAGCGUCCAACUGACAAUGUUUCGUUGCCACUAUGUGCAUCUACAAUUAAAAAUCUAUCUAUCCCGAAUGCAUCUGUUAGUGGAGAUACAGCAGACUAUCUGGCUGCAGCAACAAUGGCUGCUAUGGCCGCUAUGGCUGGACCAACUCAAGAUAUGACCUCGUUUAGUCAAACUAUAGCUUCUGCAUCAUAUUCUGAUUCUAAAUCUAAAUCAUCUGAUAACCAGUUUCUGCAAGUGUGUUCAAGUGUACAUUUAGGAGGAAUACAAGAAUAUCCAGUCAUUUGGCGAGGACGUCUUUCCUUGAAAAAUGAAGAGGUUUUUGUUAAUAUGCAUUAUAUUAAUGGUAAUCAAGAUUUACUAAAAAGUUGUAUGAGUGUUAUAACAGAACAACAAGUAGCUCUUAGCAAUAUUGUUACAAAUUCUAGUUCUUUGGGGUCGUGUAUGACGGGGAAUGCUAUUGGACCUCCACACCAACCUUUGAAGAUUGUGCAACGAAUGCGUUUAGAAGCAUCUCAACUUGAAGGGGUUCAGAGAAAACUACGACAACUAAAUGAUUUUUGCAUGUGCCUUACCUUAGCAGCUGCUCCUCCACUAACUCCUGAUGCAUCGUUGAAUAAUGAACAAAUACGAAUGAACAAGAUACUGUGUGAUGGAUUUAUCAAAUACAUGCUUGAAAAAUGUGCCGCUGGAAUAAUAAAUGUUUGUCAUCCUUGCACUCAACAAAACCUGUAUGUCAUCCAUAUAUUUCCUCCCUGUGAAUUUUCACGAUGUCAGCUACAAGUAUGUGCUCCUGCUCUUUAUCACAGUUUAGCAGAAAAUUCUAUACCUCAUGUAUUAACUGUGAUCACAACGGUAUAACCAAGAUGCAUUUAACUCCUAAUUUUUUUCCUCAGUGGAUUUUGAAAUGUCCUUUUAUCACCUUGUUCAGUGUAAUGAACCAAGUUCAGUUUCGACUAAUGAGCUAAUCAACGGACGUCUCAGUUAGUGCAUGACUAUCAAAAUCUAUAUUUCUGUUCUUACGGCAGCCAAUAAAGCUUGAAGUGAAUCUUUGAAAUUAUUUUCCCCUGACGUUAUUUAUGCGAUCGAAUCCAUUAUCCUGUUUAGUCUACCUUUUUCUUGGCUUGAGUAGCAUUAUACAACUAUUCUGCCCAAAUUUUCGCCGAUAAAGGAUAGGCUUUGAUCGCCUAUUCAAAGUUGCGCACUAACUGUGAUUCUCCAUUUUACUUGACCUUAUUUUCAAAUUGUCACUGUAUAUAAAAUGUAUAUUUGUGUGUUCGUGUGUACAUGAUCCCUUCACUUAACUUGAGGCAGCUUAAACCAAUAAUUUUUGAUAUAUUAUGUAUGUACAUACCGAAACUUUCCAUAUAUUGAUUUGUUUUAAAUGAACAACAAACCUAUGUAUAUAUGUUCAAUAGCGUGACUAGUCAGAUUGUUUUUAAAUGAUAUGUUCUUUCGGAUAAAUUGUUUUACAUUGUUGCUUUUUUAAUUGUUGAAAAUGAAACAUUAACUGAUUUCUUUGAAC